AUGAUCUCGAUGAAGUCACUCUUUUGGACGUUGCUGAGCACUGUAGUGGGCGGUCGUGCCUUGACACUACCAGACGGUAGCGUCCUGCUUGAUGCCACUUCCGACGUGAAUGGGCGUCUGUGGAGACCACAGGUGCACUUCUCGCCUCCCUCAGGCUUCAUGAACGACCCAAAUGGUCUCCACAUCGACGAGAAUGGUAUCUACCAUUUGUACUAUCAAUAUAAUCCGACUUGCCUAACCGGAGGGAAUCAGCACUGGGGCCAUGCGACCAGCCAGGACCUCUACCACUGGGUCGACCAGCCCAUUGCGAUCUCUCCGCCUGAUCCCAACUCGCUCAUAUGGUCCGGCUCCGCGAUCGUCAACGUCAACAACACUUCCGGUCUCUUUUCCAAUCAGACCAAUGGGGUUGUCGCCAUCUACACUCUCAACAACAACACCGCCGGCCGGCAAGUGCAAGAGAUCGCGUAUUCGCUAGACGGAGGGUACACCUUCACGCGUUACUCAGGAAACCCGGUCAUCAACGUUAACUCGAAUUCGUUCCGCGACCCCAAAGUCUUCUGGCAUGCGGCGACUCAGCGUUGGGUUGUGGUCGUUGCGCAUUCGAACGACCUGUUCCUCGAGAUCUAUACCUCUCCCGAUCUAAAGAAUUGGACUAGUGUGUCUACCUUCUCACGCCACGGCUUCCUUGGUUUCCAGUACGAGUGCCCAAACCUAGUCCGUAUACCCUUGCGUGACGCCUCAGGUGCCAUAAUACCGACUUCGGACGACACGUAUGUUCUCACCGUCAGCGUCAGCCCUGGAACGCCGCUCGGUGGAUCCACGAUCCAGUACUUCCCAGGAACGUUCAAUGGCUCGCACUUCACGCCUGUUGACGACGCGACGCGCUUCGUGGACAUCGCGCAGGACAACUACGCCGCCCAGUUCUUCUAUGGGCUUCCCGAUGGCGACGACGCGCUCCUCUUGGGUUGGGCGUCGAACACCGCGUACACGAAUUUGGUGCCAACCGCGCAGGAGGGCUGGCGCGGCGCGCACACGAUCCCCCGCCGGUUGUUCCUCACGAACUCCGGGCAAGGCGGUUGGGAUCUCGUCUCGCUCCCCGCCAACAUCAGCGCUGUGUUCGAUCCCAGCCCCAGCGGGGUCAUACAAAACAGCUUCAACGGGAGCGGAACUGUGACGGUGGACUUGAGCGCAGUGACCAGCAAUGCGUACUACUUUGAGGUGAACGUCACCGGGCUGCAAGUUGCGGGACCCUCGGUGGACGGCACAGACCUCGGAUCGACGCUUGCGUUCACGCUCUCUAGCCCUACUACGAACGAGUCGGUCUCAGGAGGCUUCCUCUUCGGAUUGGGCUCAGCAUACUUGGACCGCUCGCACACGAACGGGUUCCAGAUCCCACUGUUCACUGACAAAUUUUCGACGACCGCCGGGGCCGUUGACGGGAUGUGGACGCUUUCUGCGGUAUGGGAUAGGAGCAUUCUAGAAUUGUUCCUGGGUGGGGGCGUGCAGAGCGCGACGGCGCUGGCCUACCCGCAGGAGCCGCUGACACAAUUCACGGUGAACACUCAUGCGUUCUCGGCGGGCGCCGUCGUGAAUGUCACUAUCUACGCGUUGGAGAGUGUGUGGUCUGGGAACGGGACGCGGACCAUUCCGACUAGUCCUGUGAUCCCUUUGGCAUGA